CAACACACCCAUCGAUCUUCUCCCCCCAGCCCAAUAUUCUAAUCAUUCGACGCCAUGACUCUCACCGGAAGCUGUCUCUGCGGCAAUAUCACCUACACCGCUGAAACCGAUGAGUACCUGAAAGCGCUCUGCCACUGCACUGACUGCCAAAAGUGGACCGGCGGCGCCUUCACCUCCAACGCAGUCGUUCCCCGCCAGAGUUUCAAAAUCAACAAAGGAACACCCUCCUCCUAUGACGUUGUCGGGGCCAGCGGCAAGAUCAACAAGCACUUCUUCUGUCCGACCUGUGGAUCCAGCUUGUACACUGAGCUCGAACUCAUGGCCGAUAAGACCGUGAUCAAGGCGGGUACUCUGGACAACGGCGACACCAACCUGGGUGGGAAGGUGGAUAUCGAGUUCUACGUCAAGGACCGGCCGUCGUAUUUGGCUGCUGUCGAGGGCGCCAAGCAGGAGCCGCGCUUUGGUUAAGGGGUCGGUGAAUUCGAUUUGUUGAUAAUAUAACAAGUUUUGAAACUAUCAGAAUGAAUGCUCAUGACGUCC